AUGAGUGCCAAUGAAAUAGAUAAACUUAAUCAAACAGAUAAAGAUAUUAGUAAAUUGUUGAAAUUAGCUUCAGAUGCACUCAAAGCACUUUUACCACCUUCAAAUCAACAAGAAAGAGAGGAAUUAGAAAAGCAGCACCAAAAGUACACAGAGCUGUCAAACCAGCAACAAUCUCAACCGCAGAUUACACUCUGGGGUGACGAAGACCCAAACGAAGAUUAUAACGCAUUAGAGCAGGAUGAAGCACAGGAUGCUAAAUUUGUAGACACUACUAAGUCUUAUUAUAGCCUACUCAAUUCAAUACAGACUGAUAUACGUACUGCUAUCGCACAUCUACGUAAUGAGAGGAUAUCACCAAGAGUCUUGCAGCCAAAUGGACUAACUAAAGGCGUCCAUCAAUCUAGUAACCUUAGCUUAGGUGCACAACGUAUAGAAAUUGAUGUUAUUCGUAAUUUAACGACGAUAAUCAAACAAUUAUCAAGCAAAGACGUCGAAAUGACCGAAUCUUAGACUUUAUAUGUAUUUUUUAAAUUAAGUAUCAUGUAUUAUUCUGCAUAUUCAUUUUUUAUUAAUUUUAUCUU